CACCUUCUAUUAGCAUUGUUUGCAUGAGAGAGCAAAAGAGUGCCAUCUUUUCACUAGCUUUUUAGCUGCUCGGUGAAGGGAGCUUUUGGAUUUUAAUAAUGUACAGUCUGUAUUUGACUCUGGAGUAAAUUUCUCCAAUGUCAGCAUCAGAUAGUGAAGGAGAAGAGACAGUUUUACAACCUGAGUUGAUACCUUUACUGGAAAAUCAGCCUACAAGAACAGCAAUAACAACUAUUACAACACCAAUAAAUUCUGCAUCUUCUACCACAGUCAGUGUUGUCAGUAGCAAUAACUUACCUCUAGAUAGCAACACUAAUAGUUAUAAUAGUAGUGGUAGUGUACUAUCUGUUGCUACCACUACUAAUGACAUUACCAAUUCUACUACCAUCGUUACCUCCUCCUCACCUUCCUUUACUUCCACCAGUACUACUACAACAUCUGUUGUCUCUGAUUCAUCAACAGGCAACUCAGGAUUACCUGCUACAGACAAAAGUCAGGCAAAAGUAAAGUCUCCUCCAGCAGCUAAGAUUGCUGCUGUGGCAUGCUGUCACUCACGAAAACUUUCUCUCAAUGGAAAUUCUUCAUUCCAAAGCAGUGAUGAUGAUUCACAAACAAAAAAAGAAAUUUUCAUGGAUUUACUUGCUAGGCGGUACGUGCAAUAUGCUGAAAAAAUAAAGGACAAUUCCAAAACUGAAGAUUUUUCUCAUUGUGCUCCACAUCAAAGAGAUCAAAGACGGCGUGCCACUAUAGUGACUUAUAACUCAAACUUAAACCAGUCUGUAGAGUAUGAUGACAAUGGUACCAUGUCUGAUAUAGAAACAUCGUCUGCUGGAAACAUUCAAAGAGGUCAAUAUUUAAGAUCAAGCCUUCCUAUCAUUCGUUCCUCAUCAAGUACAUUUGAGCGGCCAUUAGGGUUAGUUUUUUUAGUCUAUAAAGAUGAAACUAAAAAAGCAUCCUUACCAAAUGAAAUCACAACAUUGGAUACUGUCCGGGCUCUCUUUGUACGGUCAUUUGCUGACAAACUCACAAUGGAGUUUAUGGAAUCCCCAAGAAACAAGAUUUAUAUUGUUGAUCCACGAACAAAUAUAUAUUACCAACUCGAAGAUUUGAGAGAUAUCAAAGACCGGACAGUGCUGAAGAUUCAUGAAUGUGACAGUGAUCAGCCUCAGAUCAUCAAACCACUUCCAGAAAUCCGGGGCAAGACCAUAGUUUCUUCAGUGCAGUCACAAUCAAACACUCACCCAGUAAAUGUACAUAUACCUUCCAGCUGUCAUCCAAAGAAUAUGACAAAAUCCAAGAGCUUACCUCCACAAAAUUCUAUAGCCUACCAACAACUGGCAAAUGAAAACCAAAGUCUUCGGAUAGUUGACCGUCCUCAGUCUACAACACCUGGUAUGGAUGUUAUGAGAGGGCAAUCAGGUAUUGUUCCUCGUCAUAUGGCUAACCUACGAUUUUCUCCUGAGCGCCAAACCACACCAGAUCGAGCAUCUUUACUUGGAACUAUUCCUGAAAAUAGCCAACUCUCUCGUGGUCGGGGUACUCUCAACGGUUAUUCUGCUGAAGUUUAUCCUGCAGCAACAUAUAAUCCAGGAUACUGGCCUACAGAACAGCCAUAUUCACAUCCUACUUACCAUCGAAUCUAUCCUUGCACAUCACUUGGUCCACUGAGCCAAAUGCCUUCUACUGGAACUGAACAGCCUAUAAGUUAUGUGCAAUACACUGGAGGGUCUAUCAACCAACCUCAUGCACAACCACCUUAUCUGUCAAAAAAUACCCGGUCACACCCUAUGGCUUCUCAACAGCGCCCUCCACCACAUAUAAACCCUAUUGAAACACGAGAUGGUUGUAAAAUAGCACCUCCUAAUUGGUCUUUACCUUACUCUGCUGUACCUUCAAUUCCUUCAACCUUACCACCAACCCUGGAAGGUACACCAGUCUGCAAACUACAGCGCUCUCAAAGCUAUCGAGCUAACCCUGAAAGAGAGCCAGUCCCUGAAAGAAUACGCAGUAUGACACCACAACCACCUCAAGAUCCAGAAACUAAGGUUCGAAUGGAACGGAUGGAGGCCCAACUAGCAAAUCUGACUGCUUGGGUCCACAAUACUGUAAUUCCGUCAAGAUCUCAUCACACCAAUGGCAGGACAAGCAGCAUGCGCAGUAAUUGCAGUACAGUAUCAGACAGUACAUGUACUGGUUCCACAGCUAGUAAGAAUUUUGUCAGUUACCCUUCAGGUCUAUCAGACAUCCCUGGUGCUGCUCAAAGUGGUUACCCAGCAGCAGCAGCAACACAUUCUCAGAAAUCUACACGCAGCAAAUAUACCAACCAGCCACCAGUGAUUGGACCGAAUACUCGUGUACGUAUGAUCCUUGUAAAGCGCAAGGUUGAAGAACUGAAGGCUGAUCUUAAAAACUUACAGUUCUUACAUCGGAAAAAUACAGAAACUGGGCAGACAUUGAUGGCUGAAUCAACUAAAAAAAUUUUGAAUGUUUUGAGUAGAAUUUCGUUUACGGUCAGUCUACACCCCAUUCGAAAAGAGCGGCAUGAUGUGGAUGCAAAUUACACAGAGUUUGUCCGUGAAGAAAAGAGGAUAGACCAAGAACUUUGUAAACUUGAAGAUUCUGUUGAAGAAGUACGCACUGAUGUAAUCUCAAAGCACUGUCGUGUAAACUCAACUGACGUUGAAAAGAUGGCACUAACUCUAAGUCAACUAUCAAAAGCUAUUGCAGAGCAAAAAGCCCACUUUCCACAGCUGCAAGACAAAAUGAAAAAGAUUAUGUCUGAAGAAAUGGAUAUAAUUAUCCAAGAAGAAAAAUUUCUCAAAGAUCAGCCUGAACGACUGGAGUCAGCUUUGCGACGUUGCAAGAAGCUAACAGGCACACUGUUCACUCUGAAAAGUCCAUCAAACAGGUUAGCCUCAGUCCAACAACACAACAGAUGCUUGAGUCCAACACCUCUGAGUCAGAAGGCCCCAAUAACAGCUUCGAGUCCAUCGCUAUUGCCUCAAACCCCGAUGAAGGUAGUCAACAAUGAUAAGCCAGGAUCUAUACAAAUAAUUCUAAAUUAUCCAAAAGUUAGUUCUGGCCAACAACAACAUGAGAAUGAACAGAAACUAUCCCACAGUACAUCUCAUAACAGUGCUGAUACUUCUAGCGGUAGUAGUGGCAAUAAUGUGUACAGUUUGACUCACAAUGAUGAUCAGAUUACUUCUAGAUCUGGGGAAUGUACAUAUUUACCAAGCACUACACCAAAACAAAAUGUAGGCAGUGAAACACAAGAAAACCAAAUGACUCCUUCCAAAAUUGGGAACAAUUUUCGUUCUUCGUCACAGACAUCCUCCAACCAACUCCAAAUCAAUUCUGUUAAAUCUGAUUUCACUGACUGUGUAUCUGUUAAUCCAACUACAGAGGUGUCUUGUAUGAAACCAGUGUCAGCUCCAGAGAAAACUAGCAGGAUGGCAUUAAUAUCUGAGUCUACUUCCCCAAACAAAGAAUUGUUUUCAGGAAAAUCAACAGAAAAUUCAAAGGAAUCUUCAGCAAAUUUAAUCAACAAAAUACAUUCAGCUCGUGCUGAUUUCUUUAGUUCAAUGCUAACUUCUGAAAACUCAGCAACUCUGAAUAAAAAUAAUUCUUAUAGUCCUACAACAAAAAUGGAUUACACAGUCCAUUUCUCGUCUCCAAAACCAACAUUCACCAUUGCUAAUUGCAUUCAGUCCACUGCCAAAAAUAGCCCCAAACCAAUCAUGUCAACAGCAACAGCAGUUGCUGAGUUGUGGCCUAAAGAUCCUCCACCAAUUUCAAAGAAACCUUCCCACUUGUGGAAAGUAAGACCUUCAUCACAUAAUUAUGAUGGCACCAAUGUUGCAGUUUGUUCUGGCUCAUCUUCACAUUCAGUUCUUAGUUUACCAUAUUUCAGUAAUAGCUCCAAAUCUUUACCAACAUUACCCUCCAAUAAUAAAAGUGACUGUGAAACGAAAAUUGCGAAGAGAAGCCCACCACCACCACCCCCUCGUAAAAACAGCAAAAAUUCAUAUGAAGUAAAACCAGCUCCUACUAGUAGCACCCCUCAAAUAGUUCACUACACUCUUACCCAGCAUUGUAAUCCUUCAAUGAGCUCUUCCUUUUCUAUAAAUACACCUCUUCAACAUGACAACAAACAUCCCAAAAAUAAUACUAGAGACAAUUCUCCAUCAAAAGAAAGUGCUUGUAGCUCAGGAAGCUCAGCUUCCAGUGACUCACAGCACAGUGUUGUCAGAGUGCCUGUACUCACACAACAGAAUGGUAAUGGUUUCAAUAAAAAAAAUAAACCCAGCCCUCCCCAACGAAAAAGUAGUCAGUUGAGUCACUUGCCAGCCUCAACACAUUCACCAUCAUUAAGCAAACCUGCUUGUUGGGAACAACCUGUAUUCAAUGGAGUCAAAGGUUUAUCAAUGAAUACUAAGAGAGAUUUACAAGAAACUGCAAUAGACUAAGAAUCCAUUACAGUAAAUGGUCAGGACUAGCUUACCAUAACAGUACUGCAAACUUAUCUGCAAAAAGAAAUAACAAAAGUAUAAAUUGUUAAAAACAGAAAACUGUGAUGUUUUUGGAAUUUUCGGUUUUUUCUUUCUUUUUUUUUCUUUUUUUUUUAUUAUUUUUCAUAAUGAUAUAUUAACAUUUUUUAAAGUAUAACAUUUUAUAACCUAAUGAAUGUUGUGAAAAGAUAUUUCCUUCUACACCUCCUAAUGUUGAUUAUUUUCCUGUUUUAUAAGUAUAUUAAGGGUAUCAUUAUACUUGGAAAUUUAAUGAAGGUUUUUCUAUUUUUUAUUAGAUCUGUACAUAUGAGUAUAAAACUCUUUCCUCAUUUAUUGAAUUCAAAAUUGUUUCCAUCUUGAAAUUUUUUUCAACUGUUUUUUUUUCCAAUUAUAUCUCAUGUCUAAUGUUGCACUCCCUCCCACCAAAUGAAGGUUUUCAAUUCCAAUAUCCUGUUCAACAUCUAAUGCUAAUUCCUUCCUUCACAGAUUUCCUUGACUUAUUCAAUAUCUUUCAAAUUCCAACUUAUUAUAUAAAUAACUUUUCAACAUAAUUCCACAAAAAUAAAGUGAUUUAUUUAUUGUAAUACAGAACCAAAAUAAAAUGAUAAAAUUAUAUCUUAAUCUUUAAUUUUAAUCUAAUGUUAAAUACUUAAUUGCUAAAGUGAAUGAAAGUUUUACAGUCAAUUCUGAAAUAACAAUGAAGAGUUUCUUUUAUUAUGUACAAGCAACAUUAUUAUUAGUAUUUAAGAAUAUAUGUUAAAAAAUUUGUUCAACUGCUGGAUUAAUUAGCUUGAAUUAAUUUAUCAGUAAAUUUGUGGGUAUGAUUAUCAAAAGUUAUUAAUAUUAAAAUGAGUGCAUUUGUUUGUGUAUGUGUGUGUGUGCAAGAUAGAUAGAGUACAGAUAAAAAAUUAUUUGAUAAAACUCAGUGGUCAUGCCAGAUAACAUUUAAAGAACAUCUAUAUUUCCAUCUGUAUUUAUUCUAUUACUGAUUACUACCAAAGCACAUAAAUAAUAAUUCAGCAGUGAUAGGGAUUCUGUUGACAGUAUAUAAAUAUAUCAUAUACAUUAAAAAUUAAUUCAAUAUUCAAAACUAAAUUUUAUUCAUUUUUUAAUAAAAAUUAAUUUUAUAUAUUUUUUAAAUAAUUAUAAAUUUU